AUGACCGAUGACACGGCUCCGCCUCUGCAGCAACCAGGUGCGAAUAUACCACCUAUCAAAAUAUAUCCAGAUAAAUUUGCGGACCAUGUGGUGCUGGUUACUGGUGCAGCACAAGGUAUUGGUCGGGCGACCGCUUCACUAUUUGCCAACCAGGGUGCCCUGGUGGUACUCAUCGAUAUCGAGGCUGAGAAACUUGCGGCUUUAUCCGCAGAGCUGACUGCCAAAGGUGGCAGCGUCACCGAAAAGGUCUGUGAUUUGACACAGGAAGUCUCAGUUGACACCAUGAUCAAAGAAGUGGUUGCAGUGCAUGGCAAAAUCGACGUGCUCGUACAUCUUGCCGGGAUAUAUCCUUUCAUCCCUAUUUUGGACAUCAAGACAGCAGAAUACUCUCGCAUCAUGAGCGUAAACAUGGACAGCUGCUUUUACCUGACACGGGCGGUCCUGCCGUUCAUGCAAAAGGCAGGCUAUGGCCGAAUCAUCAACACCUCGACAGCCGGCAUUGUCGCGCCAUCACGGGGUAUGUCGGCGUAUAUUGCAGCCAAGGGUGCUGUCGCUAUGUUUACACGAGCAAUUGCCACCGAGACAGGACCCGGAGUCACAGUGAAUGCAGUGUCCCCAGCAAUGAUCUUUACUGAAACAACCUGGUCAAAUCCUGGCGCCCGGGGCGUUGCAGAUGCCAUUCUCGCACGUCAGCAGAUAAAAAGAGUUGGUCUGCCCUCAGACGUCGCACACAUGAUCUGUUUUAUUGCCAGCCCUGAGAGCGAGUGGAUCACAGGCCAUCAGUUUGACAUCUCAGGUGGGGCGGUUUUUACAUGA